AUGAAACCCAGCUACCCUUCUAGAGCAAAGCGUCAAAACAAACCGGCAAAGUCCAUGUUGAAGGUGACGGACUACCACGUCCGCUGUGCGCUGGUCUCCCGCUACGCCCUGACCACGGUGCGCAGCUCCGUGUGGAACCCGCUGCCCGUCACUAAGGAGGCGGCCUUUGAGGUGGACCUGCCGGCCUCCGCCUUCAUCUCCAACUUCACCAUCACCUCCGAUGGCAAGGUGCACGUGGCCCAGGUACAGGAACGCACGGCGGCCAGGAAGAUGUACGACGCCGCCAAGAAACAAGGGAAGACCGCCGGCCUGGUGGCUACAAAGGAACGGGAGAUAGAGAAGUUCCGCGUUGCAGUGAGCGUGCCACCAGGGGCAGAGAUGUCCUUCUCCCUGUCCUAUGAGGAGCUCCUCCCGCGGCGACUGGGGCACUACGAGCUCAGCCUGGGGCUCAGACCCGGGCAGCCGGUCCAGAACCUCACACUGGACGUCAGCAUCGAGGAGAGAACGGGCAUCAGCUUCCUCAGGGUCCUACCGCUGAAGACCAGCCGGCUGAUGUCCAACACCGUCAAAGCAGAGGCUGGCGUCCCUCCAUCCACUCACGUGGAACACAACGCGGGCUACGCGCGGGUUCGCUACAGCCCCACCCUCCAGCAGCAGAACGCCGUCUCCUCCCGGGGCCUCAACGUGGACUUUAUCAUCCAGUACGAUGUGGAGCUCAGAGACCUCAUCGGGGAUAUCCAGGUAUACGACGGCUACUUUGUGCAUUAUUUUGCACCCCGGGGCCUUCCUGUGGUUCCCAAGGACGUCAUAUUUGUCAUAGACGUCAGCGGCUCCAUGAUUGGCACGAAGAUAAAACAGACAAAGCAGGCCAUGCACACCAUCCUGGGAGACCUGAGAGAGGCCGACCACUUUAACAUCAUCACCUUCUCAGACAAGGUUCACACAUGGAGGAAGGGCCGGACGGUGCGUGCCACUCGCCACAACGUUCGGGACGCCAAAGAUUUUGUGAGGAGGAUCAUUGCAGAGGGAUGGACCAAUAUCAACGCAGCGCUGCUUUCAGCCGCCCAGCUCGUCAACCCCCGUCCGUCCGGCCCCCCCGAUCCGGCGUCCUCCAGCGACCGCCGCGUCCCGCUGGUCAUCUUCCUGACCGACGGCGAGGCGACCGUCGGCGUGACAACCGGCGACGUCAUCCUCGGCAACGCCCACACGGCCCUGGGCUCGGCCUCGCUGUUCGGCCUGGCCUUCGGGGACGACGCCGACCUCCCCCUGCUGAGGCGGCUGGCCCUGGAGAACCGCGGCGUGGCCCGCAUGGUGUACGAGGACGCCGACGCCGCCCUGCAGCUCAAGGGCUUCUACGACGAGGUGGCCAGCCCCCUGCUGUCGGACGUGCAGCUGUCCUACCUGGACGACCGGGCGUUUGACGUCAGCCGCUCGCUCUUCCCCCACUACUUCCAGGGCUCGGAGCUGGUGGUCGCCGGGAGGCUGCGGCCGGGCCCCGGGAGCUUGAAGGUGUCCCUGAGCGCGGUGGGCGCCGAGCGGGCGGUGAAGGUGGAGCGCGCCGCCCACGGAGCCGAGGGGAACGAUGUGGCGGGGAGUGUGGGGGGACGGGCGGGGAUCUCCAGCUUUGUGCGUCGGCUGUGGGCGUACCUCACCAUCAAAGAGCUGCUGCAGGCCAAGCUCAACGCCACCGACCAGGCCACCCAGAGGCUUCUCACGGACAAGGCCACGAAGCUCUCCCUCAAGUACAACUUUGUCACGCCCGUCACCUCCCUCGUGGUCGUGAAGCCCGACGAGGACCAGGCAGCGCGCAGGCCAGCCACGACCACGGCGACCACGACGACCUCGAAGCCCGUCCCCUCAACCACUACUGUUACUACUACUACCAGCAAAGCGCCGGCUCAUGCUAAUGCUAAGAAGCCCAACCCACCAUCGAAUCCACGGACUAACAAAUCGAAACCAGACGUCUCAAGGGCUAAGACGCCUCUUCCUCAACCCCCUCCUCCGGGCAUCGGCCACAUGCUGCAGCCCAGGAGAUCCCCCUCACUGCCUACGGCGACGAAAACCACGACUCCCUCGUCCAGCAAGAAACACACGACAACUGCGAGUCCCAGUUCAGUAAGAACCCCCCCAGCACCACUAUCAGGUAAAAUACCAGCCCCUGCUGCCCCGGACUCCCGUAGAGCACCAAAGGCCUCCAAUCCUCUGCAUCACUUCUAUAAAACAGCACAUCCACCCGCUCCGGGGAAAACCUCCACCCCCCCAUAUCCCACCGCAGCAAAAACAGCAACCGCUCCGUUGACGACGGACAAAACCCCCAAACAAACCUCCACCACGCCAACCACGUCCACCGUCGCACCCGUGCUGAGCUUGGUCAAUGCCGUGGCUUUAGCCCCGCCCCCAGCGCUCACAGCCCAGCCCCCGCCGCCCAGCAGCACAGCCCCGCCUCCUGCCCGACUCCCCCGGCCGACCUCUGAGGCGGAGAACGGCACCGUGAUGGAGGCCCGCCCCUUGGAGGUCCCCACUGUGAUGAACGGCCUGGGGUCCGCCUUGGACGCCCGCCCAACUCCGGCGCCGGAGCCCGGUUUCCAAGACGACAACGACACCACAGACACAGAGGAAGACGUUGAGGACGACAUGGAGGUCAGGGUAGCGACCCUUCUGUCCGGCACCUUUGCCCCUAUGCCGGGAGUCACCGAUGGGCCUAAGCCCUGGGAGGCCGCGGGACUCCUGGAUGUCUCUACCUCCAUUCAGAUUCAGAGAAAAGAUAUGGACCUGGUGAAAGAUUACGAUGCCAUCUAUGACUACGACUAUGAUAUCAACUAUGAUUCCUGGGAGGACACAGCCAACACCGAAUCAUUUGGGUCUCCGUCGACACUGAGCUCCGUCAGGGUGUUUUCCUCGUCAGUGGAUGGAGAUCCUCAUUUUGUGGUCCAGCUGCCUAAGUUGCACCAGAACCUUUGUUUCACUGUGGAUGGACGGCCCAAGGAUGUUCUGAGACUUCUAGAGGACCCAGAAAGAGGGAUCAUUGUUGACGGACACUUAAUCGGAGCUCCGUUCAAACUUGGCGCAGAGGACCGCCCCCGCACCUACUUCCACCAAUUGGUGAUCUCCUCUUCCAAGGGCGGGUCUUCUGGCGUCACGAUCACCCUCACACUGGAUGCUGUGGUGGUGGAAGGGGAGGGGCGAGACAUCUUGUCUGUCAAUCAGCCGGGGUUCGUGACCAGACAGGGUGUCAGUGUUGCUGUGGACAAACAGCGGAACUGUUGGAUUGAGAUGGCCAAGGAUGUUCGUUUUCUGGUUCUGUUUCACCACUACAAACACCCCAGCUAUCUGCAGGUGUCCCACCUCGGCUUCUACAUCGCAAACGGGCGCGGCCUCUCCUCUACCACGGAAGGCCUACUCGGUCAGUUUCAGCACAUCGAUAUGAGCGUUACCACGGUGACGGAUCGGGCUGACUCAGGACUUCCCCACCCCCACCACAGCCACAACCAACACCCCGCCAAGGAGGGAGUGCUGGCCAGGGGCGAGCUCCGGCUGGGCUCCACGCGCAUGCAGGUCACCUUGCAGGACAAGAGCCUGAAAGACACGGCGCGGAAACGCCACGGCGCCAAGUGUUGGGUGGUGCCCAAGGCGGAGGUGGAGCGGCUCCUGGGACGCCCGUACCACAGCUACGUGGUGGAGCGCCUGUGA